CAGCUGACUGGCUGUUAUGUGAAUAGACAUGACACGACUAGGUAGUCCUCUUAUCACUACAAUCCGUAGUAAAAUUUUAUCACACAUGGAUGUAUUUCAGCGUUUUACUUUAACGAGCAAAAUCGAUUGGUAGCUUGCGUGGGAAGUUAAAGAUUAAACGAUCGUACUAAAUCAGCUAUAGGCUACUACGCUGUUUGCAGGUUGUUAGCUAGCUAAGGUUAUUGUUUUAGGACUUCUAGUCAGUCAGCUGAUCGUGAACAGUCUAAGUCAAUCUAGCGUUACUGAAAUGCAUUUUCCAUUCAGUUUACAUUGUUUUCGGGAUUCGCAACCUCAAAUGGCAUCAUGUUUCUGGAUGUUUGUUUAAAAAAAACAUCUUCUGCUAGCUAAUGCUUUCUGAUAUGUCAGUUAGUUUGUUACUAGCUACGUAGCCAGCCUCAUAAAUAUCCAGCAAAUGUUACGGGGUAGAAAGAGAUACCUGGCUAAAAAGGGAUAUUUAUUGUGUUGCUAGUAUAAGGAAAAAGUAUAACCCCAUCCAGCUGCAACCGCAUUAAAAGGAUUCCGAAGCUAUGGCAGAAGGGCAGAAUUUACCCUUGCCUAGGCUGUUGAGUUAUGCCGUGGGACACUUUUUGAACGACUUAUGCGCCUCUAUGUGGUUCACCUACCUGUUGAUAUAUUACCACUCGGUACUCGGGUUCCAGAACGUAUAUGCGGGGGUGUUACUACUUGCGGGGCAAAUUGCGGACGGUAUUUGCACCCCUCUCAUCGGCUAUGAGUCGGACCAGACAUCAGGUUGCGGGACAUAUGGCAAGAGGAAGACAUGGCAUUUAGUGGGAACGGUCAGCGUGUUGAUCUCCUUUCCCUUCAUCUUCAGCCCAUGCCUGGGCUGCGAUGAGUACACUCCGCAGUGGGUGGGGAUCACCUACUUCAUCCCCUUCAUCGUCAUCUUCCAGUUCGGCUGGGCUGCCACUCAGAUCUCCCACCUGUCACUCAUCCCCGAACUGGUUUCCUGCCAGCAUGCCAAGGUGGAGCUCACUGCAUACAGGUACGCGUUCACAGUGGUCGCCAACGUCACGGUGUACGCGGUGGCCUGGCUACUUUUCCACUUCCAACAGGGUGCAGACCCCUCCAUCAACGACAACCUGGGCCGCUUCGACAUCCCCGUGUUCAGGAAUCUGGCCCUGAUAGUGCUUGGCAUUGGGGCUGUGUUCUCCCUGCUAUUCCAUUUGGGCACCCGAGAGAAGGGCCAGCGGCCAGAGGAGUCUGACGCCGGGGAGCGCCAGCCCCUGAUUGUACACCCUGAUUCUGCCCCGCCCACUCAACUGCUGAGGUGGAAACACUGGCUGAAGGAGCCUGCCUUCUACCAGGUGGCCUUGCUGUAUAUGUCCACUAGAUUGAUUGUCAACCUGUCCCAGACCUACAUCUCCAUGUACCUCACCAACUCUCUGAUGCUUCCCAAGAAGUUCAUCGCCACCAUCCCACUGGUGAUGUACAUGAGUGGAUUCAUCUCCUCCCUUGCCAUGAAGCCCUUCAGCAAGCUGAUUGGUAGAAGCAUGACCUACUUUUUAGGCCUGUUGCUAAUCCUGGGCUUUUCCUACUGGGUGUUGCUGGACAAGGAAAUGGGAGAGCGGGUUUAUGGGGCUGCAGUGCUGCUGGGUACUGGGUCAGCAACGAUCCUGGUGAUGUCCCUCUCCAUGACAGCCGACCUCAUCGGCGAGCAUUCGCAAAGUGGGGCCUUUGUAUAUGGGGCCAUGAGCUUCACAGACAAGGUGGCCAAUGGCGUGGGAGUGAUGAUUAUCCAGCUGCUACACCCCUGCCAUACGCAGGUCUGCUGCCCGGCCUGCGUGUGGUACUACCGUAAUGUCAUGGUGAUUGUCACCGGGGGUGUGGCCUUUGCGGCUGCACUUGCCCUGUGUACCAUCCUCAUCUGGCCUAUCGGGAUCCGGCAAUACUCUCCGCAGAAGCAGAUAAACGGCCCUGUCAUCAGACAGGUAGAGGAUCCGUCCUGUGUUGGUGACCUGCUGGGGACAGAAGAACCCGACUCAGAGGGAAGCUCAGACCAGGAGUCCAUCAAGUGAAGAUCAAAGCAGUUAAUUUCCUGUGGAGGAGUAAUGCUGAGGCUGACUGGGAUCCCCUGCUUAGCCUGACUGGGGAGCUGAACUCCUGCGCUGCCCCUGUAGACCUGCCCCUAACUCUUAAGACAAUGUGAUUGGCUGCUGUCAUUGUGACACAGUCUGCCUCAGUCACUCCAAUGUUUAACUGUAAACUAACAUAGUAUCUUAAACACUGAAUAUGUCAGCAUAUCCCUGUCUAUCAUAUAUCUACCUAUCUCUACAGCACAGUCCGUAAGUAUUUGCUCAUACAGUUUCAGUUCUAUUGGGUCUGUACUCCAGCUCAUUGGAUUUGUAAUGACAUGAUGAGUAUGAGGUUAAAAUGCAGCCAUUGCACUUAAAUUCUUUUUUUUUUUUUUUUUUUUUGUCUCAUAAUAGCUUCCUUGACUGUCAUUAGGACAACUCAGGUCUUCAUGUUGACAAAUGCUAUAACAGACUCCAAAGGCAAUCAAAAGCCUAAAAUCAAGAAGAGUUACUGAAAGUUUUCUCAUACCUGCACUAAGAUUGAAUACAACAGAGUUCAUCAGACACAGUUGAGAAGCCAACUGUCCAAUUACUUUUGGUCCCCCAAAAUGAGGGGACUGUACAAAAGGUGAUUUAAAUUAUACCAGUCUGCAUUUUAAUCUCAUAUUCAUCAUUUAAUUCCAAAUCUAAUCAGUACAGAGCCAAAAGAACAGCAAUUGUACCACGGUCUAGCUACUUAGACUGCACUGUAUUUAUCUAUCAUUUCACAUUUUCAUUUGGGCCAAAGGGAAGUAUUCAUUACUGCUGCUUCUAUAUAUGGGGAGAGUUAUCAGUGUGUGGCACAACUUUAUAUUGGAAGCAGAAACCAUUGAAGCCCUAAUUCCAGGUUUAAAUGCAGUGUUGUGAUAUUACUUUAUUCCAUUAUUCCUUUCUGUACCUUGACAUGACUAUCAUUAGGGGAAUCCCAUCUUAAAAAUAGAAUAAUAGAGACGAAAUUGGCAUUUCAAAGGGAAUUAAGAAGUGUGUUUACAAAUUACACUUCGCAAAUAUUAGACAGGUGAUAUCACUAAUAUACGCACAUAAGACUAGAGCUCAAUUCAGGGAAUGUUGUAUAUACGUGCGAGCUGCAUUUUUUGAAGUCUGACAACCAAAAAAUGGAGAGGACCAAGUCGGGAGCAUUUAUCUGUGACCUACACUAAAAUACACCAUCUAUCCCAUGCAUCAUUAUUCGCAUGAAACCGCCUCAAACCUUUUCUCUGGCAUGAAAUGCCUAAUCAUCAGAAAUGUAUUUUUGAAUAUCAUUUACUGGUUAAAUAGUGUGUAGUGACAAUGAUUCAAACUGUUUAUUGCACAUUCUAAUGAAAUCAAAGGGAAUCAAAAUGUACAGCAAAAAGACAAACUGGGAAUGUUCUGUCUGUAUUUCCAUAGUGAAGAUCAUGUGGUAUACAUAAUGGGAAGAAUUCAGAAUUCAUGUCCGUACUGUCUGUUUCGUGGAAGCGCUUUUGAUUUUUUUUUGUUACAGUCCAGACAACCAGUUUAUAAUAACUGAAGUGUGUAUUUUUUGGGCCUUUUUACUUUUCUAAAAUUGCUUUUCUAAUAAGUCAUUGUCAUCUCUUUGCUCAUGUGCACCAGAGUACAGUGAACUACAUUCCGAAAUCAAAAAUUGACCAUUUUUAUUUUUAUAUAAUUUAAUUAAUUAUAGGUGCCUUCAGCUGAUUAACUUGAACGAUCUUGUAAGUCGUGAUCCACGUCCUACAUUUAUGAAAGGCUUAUUUAUGUAAAUGAGUAGAGGACAGGAAUCUGCUUUUGCUUAUAUUGAUUGUUAUUGUUCAGCUAUAUAAUUGAAUGAUGGUUUUUGGACAAACAAUGAUCAAUUACUCAUGUCUGUGCAAACCAGUUAUGCAGUUAUAUUAUUAUAUUUUGAACUAUGUUUCCUGAUUUUAUUGUGUAUGUUUACAAAAACGCCAAAACAAUUUUUUUUUUUACAUUUUUCUACUGUGAUGAAAAUGAUAUAAAGUUGAUCAGAUACGAUACCAGGCA